AAAAUAUUGUUUCUAUUGCACAUAGAUUUUAAGAGGACUAUGUCAAACCUGCUUUCUUGGUGCACAGACUGCAUUAUUCAGGUGCGCUUUUGGAGGCAAAUGACGUCCAUCCCUCUGGCCUUCAUUACAUGUAUGCCAUGCAGGAGUCAUCGCUAACCAAAUCGGCUUAAACGUUGGUACCCUAAUUUGAGUUGGAAAUGGGAAUGCUUUCAAAUGUAAAUGUGUUUAUUUUCGAUAUGCCCCUCACUAUUUAAGACAAUCGGCAAGGCUCCUGGUUAACAGGUUUGUUUUGUUUUGUGGGUGCAUGACUCAAUGCAAAGUGUGUGUUAGUGCUUGUCAGUGUUUUCUUAACCCCCAUGGGCUCCGGUUACCUGUGUGUACUUCAUCGUGGGCGGAUCUGCGGCUCAGGAAAGAACAGGUAUAAGUCUGUGAAACCUCGUAUGCUUGGACACACUCUCGGUUUCUCUGCUUGGCAGCACACAAAGGAUUACAAUGCAACUGGAACCUUCUUCUUGAAACCUUGAGGCCAAUCUGAGAGAAGAUUUCUCACCAUGGCAAUGGGUUUUACCCAGGACCAGGUGGCGUGUGUGUGUGAGGUUCUGCUUCAAAGUGGGUAUAUCGACCGCUUAUCCUCAUUCCUCCGUUCUGUACCUUCUCUCUCCACCUGCCCUCCUUCCUCGUACCUGAGCACACAGCACAGCAUGGAGAGCGUCCUGAAGGCGCAGGCAGCUGUGGCCUUCCACCAGGGCCGCUUCAGCGAUCUCUACGCUCUCAUCGAGGGCAACGUGUUCUCCCCACGCAGUCACUCGCUCCUACAGCAGCUGUGGCUCCGGGCGCGUUACCUGGAGGCCGAGCUGCAACGAGGGCGCCCUCUUGGAGCUGUGGGCAAAUAUCGCGUACGGCGAAAGUUCCCUCUGCCUCGAACCAUCUGGGAUGGAGAAGAGACCAGCUACUGCUUCAAGGAGAAGUCCCGGUGUGUGCUGAGAGAGUGGUACUGUAGGAAACCCUACCCCUCACCCAGAGAGAAGCGGGAGUUAGCCACAGCGACUGGUCUCACAGCCACUCAGGUCAGCAACUGGUUCAAGAACCGCCGUCAGCGGGACAGAGCUGCUCAGGGCCGCAAAGGGCAAAUGGAGGAUGCUGUUCCAGAGUGCUUGAGCUCUGACGGCGCGACUAGAGGGUCACUCCACAGGUCCGACGAUGACCUUUCACCUCCACCGAGCCCUAGCUCGAGGGGAGAACUGUUGCCCUGCUCUCAGCUCUCCUCGGUUCAGCCUCCACCUCUCAGGCACCUGGGAACAGCUCACUAUUUUUCCUACUGAGGCGACUCGAGCCUUCAGUGCAGACUAAACACACUUCAGUGAGCUGGAGUAUGAACACAGACAGACAGAUACUGCCCCCUAGUGAUAAGAAAGCAGACAUUCCCUCACAGUCUGAUUCGUCUGUGUUGGAUAUACUGUACAAGUCUGAUCGUGAAGACUUUGACUUUGUAUGCUACAGGAAAUUGCUUCAUGGUGUAAUAUAAUAAUUUCUUGUAUUUUUUCACUGACUUUUGUAUCAAACCAUGUUUACUUCAUAGUCCAGGAUUGUGAGAUGCUUUUGUUCUCCAAGAAGGUGCUGCAGUAAACUGUUACGUAUUUCAAUUCAUCUGUUACUUCUACUUAAGUACCACAUUACCCCAAAAAGUACCAAAAAAUACAACUUUUUGUAUAGAAAAUUGUAUAAAUUCAGACAUUCUUUUGGGCAUAUUGUGCACUGCACUGGUUUUACAAAGAUGUUAUGGUAGUGAAUAGGAAGCCAUUUUGCAUUUGAGCUGAGUCGGAGGAGCUUAAAAUAAAUAAAUAAAUGAAUAAAAACAACUUCUUUAUGAAGAAAAAAA